UCGCCGUCUUGUCCGCUGCAAACCCGCUAAAACACGGCAGAGGCGACUGUCUAGUAUGGACAAGUCGGCUAUUAUCUGCACGACCAACCCCGAGGACAACGAUGUUCGACGCAUGGUUGUCUCUCCGGCCAUAUUCCACCAGAGCGCCAGCGCGCACACGGACUCUCUAGGCCGCUCAUACCUUCAGUUUGCCGAUGUAUACGCUCUUUGCUUCGCCACCUCGACGUCCAACAUAUACAAUAUGUGCAAAGCCACAGGCGUGGGGUUCUACGGCGAUCGGUGCUUCACCAUUCUGAAGUACUUCGAACGGCUAGAGGAAGCCACCGGCAUCUCGCGUGGUUAUGGCCUGCACGAAUGCGAGUUGAAGGAUGGGCGACUGAUCUACCUGGCGGUCAUCUCCAUGGCAGAUACGCUGGAAGCUCUCCCGCGCCCCGCUGCCCGCAUUGAGCUUUUCAAGAAGCUCUUGAACACCAAGACGGAGCCCAUAGUGCGCCGGCUCAGGCAACCUAGAAUGUAUAGCGCGUGAAGCUUGAACGCUUGAAUCUGUUACGUGCUGCUUUCGCUUGCCACCGCUGAAGGCUUUCCCGCCAUGCUAUCUGUGCUGUCUUGUCACUGUACCAUACCCUGAACGCAUUGUUUAUGUCGCUGCUGUGAAUAUGCGUAUAUAUGGCUGCCUUGAAAUUCACCUUUCUUCAUGUUUGACGAAAACCCGGAUUGCUGUUGCAUAUUACUUUGGGAAUGAACUAAUACUACGUCUCGGUCGUCCGCGC